GUACGGAAUCUGUUAUCGAAAAUACUCGCGCAUAUCGAGAUGAACAACAGCGUAAUGCUGCGGUGAAUCCUUGUGAAGCAUGCAACAGAGUUAGCAAUGCAGCGCUUCCACCGGCUUUUCAACCCAAAAUGCAACGUGAUUGGCAUGAUACACGUCGGUGCUUUACCAGGAACACCAAAUUACAGGGGGUCUGUUUUAGAGAUUACUGAAAAUGCUUGUAAAGAUGCAGAAAUAUAUAAGAAGUGUGAAGUUGAUGGUGUAUUGAUUGAAAAUAUGCAUGAUGUUCCAUAUGUUCAACCAAGAGAUAUGGAACCAGAAACAGUUUCUUUACUGUCAUGUAUCAGCUUGCAGAUUAGAAAUAUUCUGCCACCAACCAUACAGUGUGGAGUACAGGUAUUGGCUGGAGGAAAUAAAGAAGCCAUAGCCAUCAGCCUUGCUGCUGGGUUACAAUUCAUCCGAGCUGAAGGAUUUGUCUUCAGCCAUAUAGCUGAUGAAGGGUUUACAGAUGCCAGUGCUGGAACACUGCUCAGAUACCGCAAAAAGCUUUCAGCAGAUCAAGUUUUGAUAUUUGCAGAUGUGAAGAAGAAGCACAGUGCUCAUGCCGUAACAGCAGAUAUAAGUCUUGAAGAGACUAUUAAAGCAGCAGAAUUUUUCAUGUCUGAUGGUGUCAUAAUAACAGGUUCUGCUACUGGAGAACCAGUUGAUGAUGAUCACUUUAAAGCUGCAAAGCAAUCGGCAAAAGGCCCAGUAUUAAUUGGCUCUGGAGUAACAGAUGAAAAUGUCAAGAAAUAUAUGAACUCUGAUGGAUUGAUUGUUGGUUCACAUUUCAAGAAAGAUGGAAGGUGGCAGAAUGCUGUUGAUCUAGAACGAGUGCAAAGAUUCAUGGAGAAAAUAAAGCAGUACCAAUGAUGACUUCACUAUUAUAAAAAGAGCUGUCUUAUUAUCACUGAACAUUAUAUUUCCAUGUUAUACAUGUGAAUAAACAUUUGAAUACUGAA